GAGAGAAGAAGAGACUGCGGCAGAGCAGGAGCCAUUGGGGCCAUUGGGGCAGCACAGGGAAUGGCCCAGAGUGUGAUCUAUGCUGACCUGAAGUUCAGCACAGCCCCCGAUGAGGAUGACAGCCCCUAUGAGAAUGUGACCCUGGGGCAGCCAGCUCCAGCAGCACCCAGCACAGGGUGCUGGCUCCGGCGAUGGCGUCUCCCUGUGUGGCUGCUGGCAGCCACCCUGCUGCUGCUGCUGCUGGUGGCCACUGUGGCCCUGGGGGCUUGCUACUGGCAGGUGAGCAGGAUGCAGGACACCUCCCGGGAGCACGUGGCCGAGCAGGGCCGCCUCUCGCAGGAGGUGAGCGACCGGGAGCGGAGCCUGGAGCAGGCGCGGCUGGAGCUGGCGUGGGCCCGAGCGGAGCUGCAGCGAGCGUGGAGCGAGGGGAACGGCAGCCGGGCGGAGCUGGGCAGGCUGGGCUCCGAGCUGGAGCGUGUCACGGGGGUCCUGGGGAGGACGCAGAAGGAGCUGCAGGAGUUGCAGGGGCAGCUCAACAGCACCCAGGACACCGUGAGCAGGCUGCGCGCCUGCGUGAACACAGAUUGCUGCCCCCCAGGCUGGGUGCUCUACAGGAGCAAGUGCCUCUUCAUCUCUGUGGGGCGGGACUCAUGGGUGAGCAGUGACCGGGACUGCAGAGAGAGAUCUUCUCAGCUGCUGGUCCGAGGCGACUGGCCGGCAUUGUCUGUGCCGCAUUUUGUCAAGGCAUCAGGUGCCAUGCACUGGAUUGGAGCAAAACUGCCUUCGGGUAGGAAGGAGAGUGUUGUAUGGAAGGGCAGCAAGGAUUUUGAUAGACAUACUCCAUACUGUGGGGUAACAGUUAAUGGAAACAUAGAUGGUUCCCAAUGUUGGAAAAGGCACUCCUGGAUCUGCGAACAGCUCCCUAAGCUGACCAGCACAUCUGAGAGCCUCCUUCCUCUCCUACUGAAGUAGUGACUGGGCUGUCACCCCGUUCCAUGGCAGAACUAGGGGAGAGGAGCUGGGGGUGCACCCAGAGUUCAUCUCCCCUGUGCACAUGUUGCAUCAACCACAUUGCAAAGCACUGGGAAAGGUUGUCUGUAUUUUAAAGCAAGGCUCAUGGAAAACAGACCUUUCUCCCCUCUCUUGCACUGACAUGUACAUUUGCACCACCUUGCACCAGCUCAUGGUGUGUGGUUGUUCAGCACAGCUGACGGUGACGCCCAGGAG